AUGGAAAACGCGAAACGGCAGAAACGCGGAGCGGCGCCGGGGGUUGGUGCGGGUUGGGGGGUCGGGGAGGGAAGGUACGGGAAGGGGUCCCUCCGGCCUCCCCCAUCGCGAGCAACGACAACAAGCACAACGGUUACCUCCGAAAUCCAAGGAGGGGUCGCGAGGAAAGAAAUCGCCCCCUCCCCAAGCACCCCCACCCCCACCCCACAAGACACACGCACAUGAAAGUGGGGCUGCCCCUGUUGAAUCUCCUCUUCCUUCUUCCUACCCGCCGCAUAAAACACCUCCGGGGUCCUCCGGCGCCCCCUCACCUCUUCUCCCGCAGGUUGCGCGGCUCCCCGCUCGCCACCAGCAGCCCCGCCGCAGCGUCUCCCGGGGAGGCGAGUGACGGAGAGAGCGAGCGCGCGUCCAGGGUGGGGCAGGCACGGGCACCGCCUCCGGGACGGACGGAGGGAGGGACGGGUGCUGGGGAGCCGGCGCCAGAGGACCCCUCCACCUUUUAUCCUCCCGCCCGCCUUAGGGAAGGGCCCGCCCCCUUGCAACGCCCCCCAUCCGGACCGUAUCUGUGAGCGCCCUCCCCUGGAGGUUCCUCUUAUUUCCCCUCGUGGGGGUGGUCCCUGCCCCAUGGUGGACACUGCGGAGCCAGACGCCCACCCCCACCCACCCAAAGGCACGAUCCAGGAUCCCCAAGUUCACAAUAUUUCUCCCCUGCAUAAAUGCCCCCUCUAACAACCCCAGAUGUGUAGGGGAGGGCGCACCUAGCAAGACCAGGUCCCCCUUUCCACGGAACAAAAAGACAGGAGCCCCAACUCCGCGUUAUCCUUACCUCUUCCCCACGGGUGCCCCACGCGCAUUCGGUCCGUGCCCCUUCGGAAAAUGCUCUGCUUUGCGUAUAUUUUUGACACCCACUUCCCCCCACCUCACGGUCCUGAGAAAUCCGGCCCCGCUUCACAUACCAGGAUAGAGACGUGCAAAAACAUACACACAAAAAACCCACACCCCAUUUCCCUCUCGGCCACAAAAGCCUCUCUCCCCUCAAAAGUCUCAUCUCAAUCCCAUACCACCUGCAUCUGGGGUUUGUCUCUUAUAUCAAUCGUAUUCUGCCACCCACGACUCCCCCAAGGAAUUGUCCACACACACUCCUUGAGACAUGAUGUUUUCCAGAAAAUUGAGACUAUUAAUUCAUUUAUUGAUGCAUUUAUUGUGCCCCACCUUUCCCCGCAAGGAGCUCUAAGCUCAGUGAAGGGGGAAAGUAUUUGCUCCCCUGCUAAAUUUGCCCGUUUGCCCUCUGAUGAAGAAAUGACCCGUCCAUAAUUUUAAUGGUAGGUUUAUUGUAGCUGUGAGAGACGGAAUAACAACAGGUAAACCCCCAGAAACCAGAAGACAAAAGUCAGAGAUUGAUGUGCAUUAUAAUGAGUGAAAUAAGUAUUUGAUCCCUUUGCAAAAGAUGACUUGGUGGCAAAACACUGUCUCUCCCAGCUACAAUAAAUCUACCAUUAAAAUUAUGGACUGGUCAUUUCUUCAUCAGAGGGCAAACGGGCAAAUUUAGCAGAGGAUCAAAUACUUUCCCCCCCUCACUGUAGGUUGUGCAUUUCCAGCCCAAACCAAACAAAGGCGGUGCAUUUGAAUUAUGGGUGCAGGCAAUGCAGCUAGUGGGGGCAAGAGUCAAUUUUAGUGUCUGUGAAAAUGCCCCUAGUCGGGUUUACAGUGAACACCCCUUAAGUUCUCAAUUCCAUUGCUCAACAAAGCCCUAUAGAUGCAAGGGGCACUCUGGUGCAUCAUUCCCAUCAGUUAAGUGGGGAAAGGACACGGCUGCUUCUCUGCCUUCUUCAUUUUACACUGUAGGUCUCCCUUGAGGUGGGGUGGGCAUCCUUAAUACCGUGGUAACUACCUCACUUGGUCAGGUCAGCUGAAUAUCCAGCCCUGACUGGUGUUGCCUGCUUUAGAGCUAGGAGAGUGUGUGCCCCAAUCCACAACAACACUGGGCAACUGCUAGGUUCCUAGGUUCCUGCACCUUCCUAGCACCAGCCAUGCAUCCACCCAGCAGGAGAGGAGUGAAGUGAACAAUUAGGAAGGCUGCAUACACACCACACAUUUAAAGCACCUUUGCUCCCCACCCCCCACCCCAAAAAAAUCCUAGGCCCUGCAGGCAACCGUGCAAAGAGCUACAAAGCCCAGCAUCCUUGACAAACUACAGUUCCCAAUAUUCUUUGGGAGAAGCCGUACACUUUAAAUGUAUGGUGUGCAUGCAGCUGAAGCUAUCUAAGGCUGUCUCACUGACAGUAUACCGUGGGACUUCUGGCUAGGAACUCCAACCCCCCCCCCCCCCCAAGCCCAGCCCCAUCACUUUCCCAAGAGCAGGCACAACCCGUCAGGACAGUAGGAUAGGAAGCCACACGCAGCCCGUUGACCCUAGUUAUACACAGGAAUCUCUCUUUCUCUCUUUUUUUUAAAAAAGGAGACUCGAUUGAGGUCCUUUUCCUUGGGGAAGAACGGUAAAAGUGAUGGAUGCUCCCUGACAUUCCUCAUCAGUUUCUAUUUGGCUGUGGUCAUAUACCAGAAGUGUGCAGCCAUUUUCAUGCUUGUCUAAUACCUACAAGUAUUACCGUUAGCUUUCCAACCUGCAGUUAAACCCCCUGCCUAUGUAUUAAUAAUUUCACAUAAAAGCAAUUGGUAACUUGUACGUGUAUAAGCACUGGUUGUUCGUUUUGUAUUUUUCCCCCCUCUCAUUUAAGUAAGUAAGCAAGUAAGUAAGUAGUAAGUAAGCAAAUUUUUAUUUAUACCCCACACUCCCUAGCCAAGACCAGGCUCAGGGCGGCUAACAUCAAAUAUCAAAUACAUUAAAACACAAUCAAACAAUUGAUUAAAAUAUAGCUUAAAAAUUAGAAUCAGGAUAAAAUUAAAUGACUGCCCACGAAUUACAACCUUAGGGGUCGGGAACCUCAAGUAUUCAUCAGGGCCAGCUGUCCAUGUUGGUCCCACAUGAGCUGAUAAAAGGGCAAAGAGGUAACUUACAGGGUCCCAUGGAGGGGGGGUCAAACUGGCCCAGACCGAAGGCCAGACGGAACAGCUCCUUCUUGCAGGCGCUGCAGAAGGAUGUCAAGUUCCGCAGGAUCACACCACCUAAAAUUCUGCAACCCAGCUGUACUUUGGAAGAGAGAGGUAGUAGUUAGAGUUUUGGUUCUAGGGCCUGGGAAAACUCAUUUUCAGAUCUUUAUUCUGCAAUGAGUGACCUUGGGCCAGUCGCCUUAUCUCAACCUAACCUAAGUCACAGCAUUGUUGUGAGAGUAAAAGUGGGGAGGGCAGGGGGGAGAGAACUAUGGUGCCACAUUAAGCUUCUUGCACAAAAGACAGGAUAUAAUUGCAAAUUUUUAAUACCCCUCCUUUUUUUGUUUGUUCUAAAGCUGCUGCCUGUUCAAUGCCAAUAUAUGGCCCCUGUUGUAAUUACCGUAAUGUAUAUUUUCAAGAUGGAGAAAACUGCAUUGCCUUACUGUCUUCCUAAUCUUCCCAACAGAUGCUUUUUUCUUCCAGUGACCCUUACUUUAAGACCCAGCUAAACUUUCUACAGCCAUUGAUCUAUUUAGCUCAGUAUUGUCUAAACUGACUGGCAGGGACAUUUCCCGUCUUACUCGGAGAUGCCAAGGAUUAAAUAUGGGACCUUCCGCAUGCAAAGCAGAUCUUCUGCCACUGAGUUGUGGCUCAUGAUAUGCCUCUGAUCGUUUCUGGUGUCUUCACAAUGCUUUCAACCUUCUUUGCAGAAGGGAAUGGGUGAGUCCAUCCUGGAAACUUAAUCUGCGAUUAAACCGUUAUUUUAUUUUAUUAUUACACUUAUAUAUCUCACUUUUUCUCAAGGUGGCAUAUAGACUUCUCCCCCAGUCUAUUUUACCUUCACAACAACCCUGUGAGGUAGGUUAGGCUGAGAGAUACUGACUAGCCCAAGGUCAUCCAGUGGGUUUCGUGGCUGAGUGGGGAUUUGAACCCUGGCCUCCCAGCUUCUAGUCCCGCACUCUAACCACUGCACCACACUGCUGCAGAUUUGCAUUGACACCAACAGGGGUCAGCAAACUUUUUCAGCGGAGGGCCGGUCCACUGUCCCUCAGCCCUUGUCGGGGGGGGGGGGAGACUAUAUUUUUUUGGGGGGGGGGGAGAACGAAUUCCUAUGCCCCACAAAUAACCCAGAGGUGCAUUUUAAAUAAACGUACACAUUCUACUCAUGUAAAAGCGCGCUGAUUCCUGGACUGCCUGUGGGCUGGAUUGAGAAAGCGAUUGGGCCAGACCCAGCCCCCGGGCCUUAGUUUGCCUGCCCAUGAACUAGAUGAAAGCAUCUGUAGCGCAGCAAAAGUCUGCAAUCCUAUACACACUAGGAUUAAGCCCCCUUGGACUUGCUUCUGGGUAAACUUUGCCAACCUGCUGCCCUCCAGAGGUUUUGGACCAGAAGUGGCUGGGACUAGGAGGCGUUAUCAUCGAAAACAUGUGGAGGGCACCAUGUUAGGGGAGACUCUUGCAACACUUUGGGCAAAAGAUUCCUGCAUUCCAGGGGGUUGGACUGGAUGACCCCCGUGGUUCCUUCCAACUCUACAAUUCUGUGAUUCUAUGCCACUAUUAUCUCAGCAGUUCAUAUGUAAUACAGGGUUGUUUGUAAGGCCUUCUGAGGUAAGGUAUGCAACCAUCUUACUUGUAGCAUAGACCUGGGCUGCGUAGGAGUUUGGCUUUCGCUUUUGACAGAUUUCUUUCAAUCACUGCUGCUUUGGUUGUUUUCAACCUGUGCUGCUUACUCGACAUAUGGGGCAAAAGCCAGAUAUGCUUCCUUCUGCAACAGCUUGUUUGACUGAUAAGUCUUCUCCCACAAUUCACAAUUGCAUGUCAAGGCUGGGUGUCUUAAGAGGCACCCUCAGCUUAAUGGGGGGGGGGGGUUGGAGCACAAACAUGAGCAGGUCCCACAAGGCCUCGCCAGCACCCCAUAUGCAUAGAAACUGGAUGCAAUAUCCUUUUGCAAUGUGCAGCUGAUAAAUAAUGUGCAUCGGUUGCUCAGCAGAUGUAAGUACCAAAAGGAUUUAUUGCAAGUUCAGAGUUCAAAACCCACCUCUCUGCAGCUUGCUAUCUGCCCCAUUUUUUUACAGCUCUUGGUGAGUAAAGGCUGCCUGCUGCUCUGUUCCGUUCUCAUGAGAAUCAGGUACCUUAAGAGAGCACUCUGCAGGGGCGCUGCUGGACAUCCCUGUAUGACUCUUUGGGCAGACUGACUGGCAUUCACGCACCCUUUUACAGGACCAGUCUAAGGUAAUGGGUGGGAGUCCUGCUCUCCAAGUUGGCUACGCCCAUUUUCAAGCUAUCUCAUGCACACAAGCCAGAUGGGAUUCGGCUGCCGAAAGGACUUGGCAGCCGCUCCAGAGGAUGUUAUGACGCUGUGGAGGACAGAAUUGUUUCGAACGUGGCACGCCAGAGGGUUCAAGGUGUCUCCGCAGAGCUGGGAAGACUCCUUUUCCUGGUGUAGGAAGGACCACAUGGCCAAGGGCCAACUCCUGCUUGCAACAGAAUCCUGCCUCUGUUUAAACAGCAGCAGCCGCCAGACCAAGGGUGCACACAACACAAAUCACUUGCACGUGCACAUCAUGUUUCAUCAGCAGGAGCUUCACCUCCACACACACCCCUCCAGAAGUGUGCCGCUUGCUCCCUGCUGCAGCUUUCACAAUUCUGGGUGCAGGAUACAUGAGAGAAGCAUGCUACCUAUUCUCAAGGGGCUGCAGCGGGGAGAAGGAGAGAGGAGAAAUGCCACAAGCACGCAGAACUGAAAGCUCCACAAUGGCUGUCUCUACCCCGCACCUCCACCCCCGCCUCCCAUGCAUUCCUCAACACCCCUCCCCUCUGCUUCCAGGUUUUCUCCUUGCUGGGGCCUCUCCUGCCUCCUGUUGCGAUGGCCUCCAGGCGUGCAUUUCCUGCUGCUGCUUUCUCCGGAGAGGUUUGUUUUCAACCGCCAGCCUCCAACGCACACUGGAAAAGGAGCAGGCUCCUGGUUGCAGCAUGCGCAGAUGCACAGAUGUGGGGAAAUGCUGCAACAAACAUGGAAAAAUGGCACUGUGGAUUCUUGGCGGCAACAUUCCAGAGCUACGCAAACUGCCUUUUGAAUGGCAGUGAGGCCUUGUUAGAGCUCUGGCAAGCCCACGGCUCUGCUAAAACGGUUGCCGGGGGAGGGGAGAGGGGGUUCUCAAGAGGCCUGGAGAAAAUUUAACAUACCUGCAUUAAACAGUCCUGGCACUUUAGUGGCCAACCCCCCCACCCUGGGCACUUCCAGGGCACUGAACUUGGGGUUCAGUGGCAUAUGUGGAAAGUCACAUCGCACAGUUGAAAUGGAUUGGACACUUCUGCGCAACAAACCUGCUUCAAGAACCACUUUUAAACUCCUUAGCUUUUUGCAGUAAGGAAAGUGAGGGGGAAACCAGUGGAAAAAGGAGAAUAGCAAUUGCUUGUCAUGGUGUUGUAAUAACAUUCCUGACAACAAUGGGAAUGAAGGCCCAAUGCAUGGAAGAGACCCAUGGAGGGGCAUUUUACUAUGUGUGGCCCUUGAUGGUGCUGCAUUUUGGAAGCUGCACCCGCAAGCAGCAAUAUCUCCCUGGAUGUUCCCAAACAGACCACCUGUACAGUUGUGUGAUGCCUAGAGGGUGGGUGAUUGAGAUGGGGCAGGCUGGGAAAGUAGGAGCAUCAUUUACAAGGAUGGGAUCAGUUAAAUAGGAUAAAGGAGGCCAGGAGUGAGGAGGUCCAGGGGCCAAAUGUGGCCAUUCAGGCCUCGCUCUAUGACCCUUGGACCUCUUCCCAGGCCACACUCCUCUAUGGCCCCUGCUUCACACCCUGCAUGUUUUGGCCUGACUGGAGUGUGUCAUUGAUGCUAAUAAUGCUUUUGGCUUGUCAUAACAAAAGACCAGAGAGUUGGGUGAAUAAAAACCAUCCUGUUCAGAAGAAAAUAACAAUAACUCAUGGCUCCACUCAUGUUUACCUCUGACCCUGCCUGCCACUGGCAUGUGGCCCUUGCAAGGCUGACCAGAAAAGAAUGCAGCCUUUGGGUCCAAUAAGAGAUUCCCCAGCAUCACAAGGUUGUGAAGCAGGAAGUGGGUGUGAGUAGAGCCAUAGCUGGGCAGUAGAGCAUGUGCUUUGCAUGCAGAAGGUCCCAGGUUCAAUCCCCAACAUCUCCAGAGCAGGCUGGGAAAGUUCAUUAGACCAUGGGUAGGCAAACUAAGGCCCGGGGGCCAAAUCCGGCCCAAUCGCCUUCUCAAUCUGGCCUGCAUACAGUCCAGGAAUCAGUGUGUUUUUACAUGAGUAGAAUAUGUGCUUUUAUUUAAAAUGCAUCUCUGGGUUAUUUGUGGGGCAUAGGAAUUCGUUCAUUAUUUUUUUCAAAAUAUAGUCUGGCCCCCCACAAGGUCUGAGGGACAGUGGACUGGCCCCCUGCUGGAAAAGCUUGCUGACCCCUGCAUUAGACUGACUUAGUUUUAAUCUGUAUCCUAUUUGAGAGCCAGUGUGGUGUAGUGGUUAGAGCUGUGGGGCGCCACACUGGUGUGGCAGGAGAAGCACAGAAUUUUUGGGUUGGAAGGAACUCUAAACGUCAUCCAGUCCAGCCCCCAGCAAUGCAGGAAUCUCAGCUAAAGCAUCCUUGACAGAUGGCCACCCAACGCCUGCUUAAAAACCUCCAAGGAAGAAGAGUCCUCCACCUCCUAGGGAAGUAUGUUCCACUGUCAAACAGUUCCUACUGUCAAAAAAAUCUUCCUGGUGUUUAGUCAGAAUUUUUCUUGUAACUUGAAGCCAUUGGUUCGGGUCAUACUCUAUGGAACAAGAGAAAAUAAGUUUGCUCCAUCUUCCAUGUGACAUUCUUUUAGCUAUUUGAAGAUGGCUAUCCUAUCUGCUGUCUCUUUUCCAGGCUAAACAUGCCCAGCUCCCUCAACUGUUCCUCAUAAGGAUUGGUUUCCAGACCCACAAUCAUCUUGGUUGCCCUCUUGUGCACACAUUCCAGCUUGUCAACAUCCUUAAAUUGUGGUGCCCAGAGCUGGACAUAGUAUUCCAGGUGUGGUCUGACCAAAUGCUCUGUACCCUCAGCCUACCUGGCAGCAAGUCCCGCUGGCAUGUACAAUAUGUAAAGUCCAAAGUUUAACAGUCAGGAAACACAGUCUGAGGGUCAAUCCACGUAAGCGAAGUCCAAAGUCCAGCAGUCAGGAAACGCAGUCCAGAGUCAAACCCAAAGCACAGCGCCGUAGAGGUCCUGGAGCAUCCAAGCCAAGGUCCAUCAACAUCAGCAGCGGAGCAGACCCAGAACCUCAGCUCCACUUCCCUUUUAUAGCUUGCAUGUUGAUUGCAGCAUCUGGGCUGGAUGAGGUAGGUGACCCUCACCUGUUCUGAGCCUACUAUAGCUGAGGAAAGCCCACCUGGGCUAUGGGCUCUUGCCUGCCUCAGCCUCCCGGAGCGUAACCUCCCACUGCUCCCUGUGUCUUUGAUUGUGGAGACAGGGGCCUCUCUGGCUAUGAUGAAGGGUCCUGAUCUUCUGGUCCCUGCACAAUGACCCCCAUCUCCUUCACCCUGUGUGUACUUCCCAUGACCCCAACUUCUCCAUUCCCAUCCCCAGCUUGCCCCAGUGGGUCCCAGUCACGAUUACACCCCUCACCAGGAUCCUCUUCCCACUGUCCUGCCAGUUCAUGACACCAAGGUAGAAUAGAGUGGUACUAUUACUUCCCUUGAUCUAGACACUAUACAUCUGUUGAUGCAGUCGAGGAAAGAAGUUUGAGAACCACAAGGUUAGAGUGUUAGACUAGGACCUGGGAGAUCAGGGUUCAAAUCCCAACUCAGCCAUGAAGCUGACUGGGUGACCUUAGGCCAGCCAGUCACUGCCUUUCAGCCUGACCACAGGUUUGUUGUGGGGUGUAAAUGAGGGGUGAACCAUGUACAUCACCUUGAUCUCCAGGGGGGGAAAGGUGCAAUAAAUUUGGUCCCAGCAGAGUCUGCAAGUCAGCAGAAGGCAAAAUGUUCCAUUUCCCGGGCAGGAAUUUAGUCUGGGGCCCUUUGGAAAAGGGAUGGCAUUUUUGGCUACUGAGGGAGGGAAACACAUGUCAGACUGGCACACAUGUAUCCUGGGCUGAAGCAAGGGAGCCAAGAGGAGGGCACCCCUUCUAGGCUCUCCCACUCAAAGCAACUGCCAUUGCUGAACCUGAUUUGGUGCCCAGACAGGACAAUCUGGAUAUGGAACAACUGAUUGGUUCAAAAUUGGGAAAGGAGUACGACAAGGCUAUAUAUUGUCCCCCUGCUUAUUUAACUUAUAGGCAGAAUUCAUCAUGCGAAAGGCUGGGCUGGAUGAAUCCCUAGCCGGAAUUAAGAUUGCCGGAAGAAAUAUCAACAACCUCAGAUAUGCAGAUGACACAACCUUGAUGGCAGAAAGUGAGGAGGAAUUAAAUAACCUUUUAUUGAGGGUGAAAGAGGAGAGCGCAAAAUAUGGUCUGAAGCUCAACAUAAAAAAACACGAAGAUAAUGGCCACUGGUCCCAUCACCUCCUGGCAAAUAGAAGGGGAAGAAAUGGAGGCAGUGACAGAUUUAACUUUCUUGGGCUCCAUGAUCACUGCAGAUGGUGACAGCAGUCACGAAAUUAAAAGACGCCUGCUUUUUGGGAGAAAAGCAAUGACAAACCUAGACAGCAUCUUAAAAAGCAGAGACAUCACCUUGCCAACAAAGGUCCGUAUAGUAAAAGCUAUGGUUUUCCCAGUAGUGAUGUAUGGAAGAGGUGGAAGGAGCCAUUCAGAAUAUGAAAUUGGGCAAAUCUCCAGGACCGGAUGGACUAACUGCAAAGUACUACAAAAUUUUGAAAGAAUGGUUAUUGCAACCGCUGAAAGAACUUUGCAAUGAAAUACUACGGGGAGGAAAAGCACUCGAGUCGUGGAAAGAAGCAUACAUUACACUUAUACCAAAAACCGAAGUGGAGAAGACACAGUUGAAGAACUACCGUCCCAUAUCCCUACUUAAUGUGGAUUACAAAAUUUUUACGGAAAUUAUGGCUAAAAGAUUAAAAAAUGUAUUGGUAAAAGAGAUUCAUAAAGACCAGGCGGGCUUUCCCCUGGGAGACAUUUGUCAGAUAAUACUAGGAAUAUUAUCAAUAUUUUGGAAAAAUUGCAAGUUAAUAUCAAUACUAAAGCUGUCUUAAUAUUUGUAGAUGCAGAGAAAGCGUUUGACAAUAUUUCUUGGAGUUUUAUGAAGAAAAAUUUGCAGGGGAUGGGGGUAGGCCAAAGUUUUGAAAAUGGUAUAGGUGCAAUCUAUUCGGAACAAAAAAGCCAAGCUUAUUGUAAACAAUGUAGUUACAGAAGAAUUUAAGAUAGAGAAAGGAACAAGACAGGGUUGCCCAAUCUCCCCAUUGCUUUUUAUAUCGGUCCUGGAGGUUUUGCUCAAUAUGAUUAGAAAAGACCAAUUGGUUAAAGGUAUACAACUCGGAGCUAAACAGUACAAAUUGAAAGCUUUCGCUGAUGAUUUAGUUCUGACAUUACAGGAGCCAGAAGCUAGUACAAAAAGAGUAUUACAAUUAAUCCAAGAAUUUGGUCAAGUAGCAGGUUUCAAAUUAAACAAGACGAAAACUAAGGUAUUAGAGAAAAACCUUACAGAGAUUGAGAAGGAGAGGUUUCAGAAAGACAGGAUUAACAAUAGUUAAUAAAGUGAAAUAUCUAGGGGUGAAUAUGACUGCCAAAAAUGUGAAUCUGUUUAAAGAUAAUUAUGAAAAAUGUUGGUCAGAAGUGAAGAAGGAUUUAGAAAUAUGGUCAAAAUUGAAGUUAUCAUUGUUGGGCCGAAUUGCUGCGAUAAAGAUGAAUGUAUUGCCUAGAAUGUUGUUUUUGUUUCAAACAUUGCAAAUUGUGGACAAAAUGGACUGUUUCAAGAGGUGGCAAAGAGAUAUUUCCAAAUUUAUCUGGCAGGGCAAAAAGCCUAGAAUAAAAUUUAAGAUAUUAACAGAUGUGAAGGAAAGAGGGGGAUUUGCCUGCCAGAUCUUAAACUUUACUAUGAAUCAGCCGCUUUUUGUUGGCUGAAAGAUUGGCUACUUCUUGAAAAUGUGGACAUUUUAGAUUUAGAAGGUUUUGAUAAUGUGUUUGGAUGGCAUGCAUAUUUAUGGUAUGACAAAGUUAAAGCGCAUAAGGCCUUUAAGAAUCAUAUUGUCAGGAAAGCAUUGUUUAAUGUUUGGGUGAGAUAUAAGGAUUUGUUGGAAAGUAAAACACCAAGGUGGCUGUCACCAAUGGAGGCACUGGCAUUGAAAAAUCAAAGAUGGAGACAAACUGGCCAAAAUAUUGUGAAAUUUUAGAACAAGUUGGAGAUAAAUUAAAAUUGCAGAGUUUUGAUAAAUUAAAAACUAAAGUUCGAGAUUGGCUUCACUAUUAUCAAAUAAGGGAGGUUUUUAACCUAGAUACAAAGAUUGGUUUCCAGGAGGAAAAAUCUAAACUGGAAACGGAAUUGUUAGAACCUAAAACUAAAAAUCUGUCAAGAAUGUAUAAUCUGCUGUUGAAAUGGAAUACACAGGAUGAAAUGGUUAAGUCUGCUAUGAUUAAAUGGGCACAAGAUGUUGGGCAUAAUAUUAUGUUUGCUGACUGGGAACGGUUAUGGACCACAGGUAUGAAGUUUACGGCUUGCAAUGUAUUAAGAGAAAAUAUAAUGAAAAUGAUCUAUAGGUGGUACUUAACCCCAGUCAAGCUAGCCAAAAUCUAUCAUUUGCCCGAUAAUAAAUGUUGGAAAUGCAAAGAAAAUGAAGGAACCUUUUUCCACCUUUGGUGGACGUGCCCAAAGAUCAAGGCCUUCUGGGAAAUGAUAUAUAAUGAAUUAAAAAAGGUAUUGAAAUACACUUUUGUGAAGAAACCAGAGGCUUUCCUCUUGGGCAUGGUCGGCCAAUUGGUGCGAAGGGAAGACAGGAAUUUUUUAUGUAUGCGACAGCAGCGGCAAGAAUACUUAUUGGGAAAUACUGGAAGACACAAGAAUUGCCUACCCGAGAAGAAUGGCAGAGGAAAGUGAUGGACUAUAUGGAACUGGCUGAGAUGACCGGCAGAAUUCGAGAUCAGGAAGAAGGGUUGAUGGAAGAAGACUGGAAAAAUUUAAAAUAUAUCUUCAGAAACACUGUAAUAUAAAAGAAUGUUAGAAAAGGUUGGAGAAGAAUAUUAGACCGUAUUGGCAGACAGGGUAUAAUGGAAUAAGUAAAUAUGAAGUGUAAAAUGAGGAUAGAGGAGAAUUAAAUACUUUCGAAUGUUAAAAUAAGUAAAAGAAAAGAAGGUUAGAAGGAUUUGCUGGAGAUACGAUUUAAACUAGAAUACAAAGCAGGGAGGUGAGAGGAAGUCAUGGAAACAAGUAAAUGGGAAAAUGGUUGUAAUGGUCUAAUUUGAUUUUUGUCAUUUUCUACUGUGAUUUUUUUGUUUUUUUUAUUUCUUUUUUAUUGUCUGUUUUUUGUAAGAUGUAUGUGGUUUGUUUGUUUUUCUAUAUCUUUUUUUUUGUAACUUUAAAAUUGGAAUAAAUAUUCUUUUUAAAAAAUAAGUAGUGAUGUAUGGAAGUGAGAGCUGGACCAUAAAGAAGGCUGACUGCUGAAAAAUUGAUGCUUUUGAAUUCUGGUGAUGGAGGAGACUCUUGAGAGUCCCAUGGACUGCAAGAAGAUCAAAUGUAUCCCUUCUGAAGGAAAUCAGCCCUGAGUGCUCACUGGAAGGACAGAUCGUGAAGCUGAGGCUCCAAUACUUUGGCCACCUCAUGAGAAGAGAAGACUCCCUGGAAAAGACCCUGAUGUUGGGAAAGAUGGAGGACAUAAGGAGAAGGGGACGACAGAGGGCUAGAUUGUUGGACAGUGUUCUCGAAGCUACCAGCAUGAGUUUGACCAAACUGCGGGAGGCAGUGGAAGACAGGAGGGCCUGGCGUGCUCUGGUCCAUGGGGUCACGAAGAGUCGGACACGACUAAAUGACCAAACAACAACACCACCACACAGGACAAUCUUGCCUUAGGAACCGAUUCGGAGAAGUGAAGCGGUUAUUUUGAUAGUAGGUCGGUUGCUACCUUUCGUUGUACACAUACAAAGAUGAUGGUGAGUAUAUUAUUAGAAUCAUAGAAUCUUAGAGUUGGAAGGGACCCAAGGGUCAUCUAGUCCAACCCCCAGCAUUGCAGGAAUCUCAGCUAAAGCAUCCAAGGCCACUCAACCUCUGCUUUAAAAACUCCAAAGAAGGAGAGUCCAUCACCUCUCAUGAGAGUCUGUUCCACUGCCAAACAGCUCUUGCUGUCAGGAAGUUUAUCCUAAUAAAUCAAAUUUUAUUAAUUUGAUUUAUUACUAGCUGCCACCAUAAGGUCCCAGGGCAGGUCACAACAAUUUAAAAUGCAACAUGGGGGAAAACCCCACUAAUUUGAAACAAAUUACCAUCGCAAGAACAGGGUGCCUCCUGCAAAAUAUAUCUCAAGCGCCAAAGGCCAAGGAAAAUCAGUACGUCUUCAGCAUACAAUUAAAACUGCAGUGCCAGUUCCAGACACACCUCUGUGGGGAAGGAGUUCCACAACUUUAGGGCUGCCGCAGAGAAUGUCCUGCAACAGAACUACCCUAGGGCCCCCUGUGCCAAUAUUAACAGCUGAGAGGGUCUGUAGCAAAAGAGGCAGUCUCUCAGGUAUCUGGGGCCUAAGGGUGCAAUCCUAACCCUCUAUCCACCGGGAUGAGUGAGUUGGGAUGUGGCAGAAGCCCAGCUCAGACAGAUUUGGCCAGGUUAAGUCCCUAGUCACCUCUCAGCCAAAGAGAUACGUCGGUGUGACUUCUCCAUCCCAAAUUAGCUGGUGCCGAACUGAGUGAGCCAAGUAUGGUGGGUCUUAAGCAAGGCCGGCACUUUCGCAGGGCAAGGUUAAGCAACUUGCCUCAGGCGGCAGAUUGGUUUUUAAAAAAAAUAUUUUUAUUAACGAUUUCGUCAUUUAUAAAAAUACAUGCAUUGUCUCUUUUUUCAAGUUGUGUUUUCUACAGAUCAGUUUCAUUUGUUUUGUGAGACAUUAGUGUUGCACGCAGUAUUUCUACUUAGUGUAAGUGUGGGGUUUUGUGGCAGCAGUGCAGGUGUACCUGUGGGCGAGUCAGUUGUGGUGGCAGGGCUGGCAGCAGUUCAGGGGCAGGCAGGAGGCCCAUAUUCUGCAGGGGGGCAGUUUGCCAAUAGCUGUGAAACAUCCUGCCCCCCACCCCCACCCCAAGGGCAUAUGAUAUGAAAAGCACAUGCCCUUGCUUCUCAAUUUGAUAUUUUUACAUGAUUUUGUAUGUUUCCUGGUUUACGACUUACCAUUAUUUUUAUUGAUUAUAGUUUAGUAAUUCUUUAUUGCAAUUGAUAAGUGUAAACUGUUUAAGUAUUAUUUGCAGUUAUUUAAUUUUACUGCUUACUAUUAGAUGUAUUAUUGAAUAUUGGUUAAUUUGAUAUAAGUUGUUUACUGUAUUUUAAAGACAUUGUUAGUUUUUUUGUAUUGGAUCAGGCUGUUAUCAUUAAUGUUUGACCUUUGUUGUUGUUUAGUCAUUUAGUCGUGUCCGACUCUUCGUGACUCCCCUGGACCAGAGCACGCCAGGCACUCCUGUCUUCCACUGCCUCCCGCAGUUUGGCCAACGUUUUUAUGUGUGUUGGAAGCCGCCCAGAGUGGCUGGGAGUUAGGGAACUGGCUCCUAUGCCUGUUCAGCUUGGUCUCCUGGUGUAAAUUCCACCAGCAAAGAAGGAUGCUGUAGAUCAAAGCACACAAUGGAAGUCAGUGGGGAGGGUCCAAUCCUCAGAAAUCAGACCCAGACUCACCUGCCAGCCCCACCUACACUGCUCUGAAAGAGCACAGGAUGUAACUCUUGGGCAACUGCACAGCAGCAGAAAAUAAAACUGAAGAUGAUAUACCCUCCGUUUGCUUCACUUCUUCCUCUCCUGCACACUGUCUCAUGAGUUUGGGACCAGAAUUUGGGAGAGGGGCUAAGCCUCAGGGUACCUGAUUAAAGGCACUUUGCACUUGAGGAACAUGGGGCACUUUGAGCACUUGUCCCCCACCCUGCUGCCAAUUAGAUGCAUGCAGGGUCAAACCUUUCCCAGUGGAGGCUCAAGUCAAUCUGGUGGCAUAUGAGCUCCAGCUUCUUCUGCCCGUGUGAAGUGCUCCCUGCCUUCUGUCAUUCACUAUUGCCAUGUGCAGUCCCUCUCCAUCUGGGUGAAUUGCCACCGGUUAUUGUAGAUGACAAUGAGGAGUUCAAGGCGCAACGCUAUCCAAGCCUCUACACCGCCUACUCAGCACGAAGGUACCGUGGUCCUAGGGUCAUUGGGAAAUGGCGGCCUUCCUCUCAGCAGCAUCAGUAUCGGCCGCCGAUGUAGCCUCCACAUCUGCCCAGGACUGCACCAUCAAACGUGUACUCAACUGGGUGUGGAGGGGGUGGCCGGAAAGGUCUUUCGCACCAGAGUUCCAGCUGUCUGCAACCAGACAGCACGAGCUCUCAGUUCAUCCUGGCUGCCUACUGUGGGGAGACCGAGUUGUGGUUCCCCAAAGAGUCUGCCAAUGCGUCCUCGAGGCUCUGCACAUCGGCCACCCGGGGAUCUUCAACAUGAAGGUGUUGGAUCGGUGUUACAUCUGGUGGCCUAACGUGGAUGAUGCCAUCACUUCAUGGGUUGCCUCUUGGCAAGCAUGCCAAGAGUCAAGACCUGCACCACCAGCAGCUAAGCGUAACACCUGGGAGAUACCCAAGGCACCCUGGUCGAGGGUGCACAUCGAUCUUGCCGGCCCCUUUCACGGCCGGACCUUUAUGGUAGUAGUGGACGCCUAUUCCAAAUGGCUGAAGGUGGCCCUGAUGCCCUCCACCACUCCCGUCAUCCGGGUGCUGCGGAGCCUGUUUGCAACUCAUGGGUGUCCUGAUGUCCUCGUCUUGGACAACGGACCUCAGUUCACAUCAGGCACCUUUGAAAGGUACCUCUUGGGGCUGGGCAACAGUUGGACUUCAAUCCCAAUGGGGCACUCUUACAUUGUCUCCUGAGAUAGACAGAUGCCAACCAACCAGCCAAAUUAUUCUUGUGAUUUUAAGUUGUGUUAAACAUAGCAUUGUGUUUCAACUGUUGUAACCGGCCUUGGGGUGAUGAGCAGGUAAAAUUAAUAAAUCUUAACAAUAAAAAUAAUUCAUUGGAAGGGCUAUGGGCCCAAAGACAAUACAAGUUAUGGCAGCUGCCGGACGAUAUGCCGACAACUCUUCAUUUUAUGGUUGCUAUCCAGAGAAGCUCAAGACUUAGGAGUUGUGUGGGGUGUAUGGAGUGUUAGGGCAAGGGCAGUAUCUCUGGUGGGGGACACAUCGUACUGCUUCCAGGGUAGUUUGCGCACCUUUGGUGUCCCCCCCCCUGCACUCAGCUCUGGGGCUCUGAUAAGUUGUCAGCAUGCAACAGCGGCCACACCCUUGGAAUAGCUUUGAUUGCUGGCUAAACCAGGUGAGGGGAGCCAAUGGGUCUCAAGCCCUUGGUGAGCUAGGGACUAACCCUGCAAGCAAAGACAGGCUCCAGCUGAGUGAACGGACAAGUCCAAUAGCAGGCCCAGUGGUCAAGAAGGCAGUUUCUGCAUGUAGAGGGAAGUGAGGGGUAAAUGGGGCUCAACCACCUGGGAAGGUAGAAGAUCUUGGAGAAGAAAAGCUCUGACCCUAAACCUCCACUGUCUUGUGGGAUAUAUUCAGGAGAAGAAAAGGCCAAGGAGUAAAGCUACAGAAAUCUGGAGUCCCUAAGGUGGAUUGGAUGGCGCCUUGUAGGUCUCCUUCUGGCAACUCCUGCAGCCCAGCUGGUGUCAAACAUCUUGCUCUGCUUUCCUUUGGACCUCAUAAUCGAGGGCAAAAGGGGGGUCUUGUCAUCUGGGCAGCCCAAGACCUCCAGACACACUACCCAGGCUUGUGCCCUGCAGAGAGAGGGAGACUUGCAGGGGACACCUGGACAAGGGGGUGAUGUCAUGAGUCCUGUGGAGACCUCUUGGUAGGACUGGCCAGAGUGGGAGGAGGACUGGGAUGAGAAUGUAACUGGGAGGGACUGGAUCCUAGGGAUCGAGUUAUAUAUAUGUUAUCAUUGUAAUCUGCUUGAUUAUAUGUGAUGCUAUUGAUUGGUACUAACCUAUAAUUAAUUUGUAUAGGAAAAUAGGAUGGAAUGAUAUUUGGUAACUAAAAGGAUGGCCAGGUUUUGAAUAUUGAGUUGAUUGUAUAAAUAUUAUCAAUCUCCAUCACUCUGUCACAUGCACACACAUACACAACUCACAUACUCGGGAUACAGAUUUAUUGAACAAUUCUUUGUGUUUGCACAUCUGUGGGGAAAGGAAGCAUAAUUACAUAUGUAUGUUAAGGGGAAUUUCAUAUGUAUGUUAAGUUGCUAAUGUGUAUAACAAGUGGUCGCUGCAAAUUCUCCAAGCAGGCUGGAAGACACUGAUCCACGUCUAGGGGAGGGGCCAAGUGGACAGUCAUGGGCGUAGCCCACCUCAGUGCUACUGGACACCCCAAACACUGGGUUACAGCAAAUGUACAUGACUGGCUAAGAGCCUUCCCCCUCCAGGAAGGUGCCUGGGGACAAAGCAGACAGCGAGCUGGCCUUGUGGAGCCUGCCUCCAUCACCAAGGAUACAGAGGCUGCUCUGGUGAAAACAGAUCUGCCGAAAGGGGUGCCAGCUUGCUUUCCCGGUCCUGUGGCUCAGAACAACCACCACGUAAACAACUGUGAUCUUCAGAAAGGGACUUUGGGGAAAUGUCAAGUGCUGGGGGCUUCUUGACACCUCACCAUGUGCUUAGCCUGUGCUGCACCUGUCCAUCUGAAUGCUUGCCACCUGGCUGCUCGUGUAUCCCACUGACCUAUGCAUCCAAGCCUUUGGCAAUAAAAGUGUUGGGAGCCCAGGUAUUGCAUCUUCCAACAGGGGCCAGGACAGAGCACUGCAGUUGCUCUGGGCACUGCAAUUGGUCAUCAGGCUUCAGGAGUGCUGGUGGUGCCAGUGCUGGUGGGACUGUUGCAAAGGUACAAUGAUCGAGGCAAAUACGCUAUCCAUGGGCAUAUUUAACAUAAUGAAUGACUCGCUGGAGGGGUCUGGCUAUUCUUUGCAAACUGGGGUGGAGAGGUAAGGCCACGUCCUGCAAAGCCCUGCUGGAAUCCAACUGGCUGGUUACUUCCACCUAGCACUGGUGGCCCUGGGUUCAAAUUAUGCCUGUCCCUUCUCCUUCAGAAGUGCUGGCUGUCACGAAGUUGAGAAGAGCGUGAGCCCCAGCAACCUAUUAUUAUUAUUAUUAUUAUUAUUAUUUGGUGAGUUUAUCUUAUCCAAGGCAGUGGAAAGCAUCUUACAACCAACCAACCAAUAGGGAAAUGAAUGAAUGCAUACAUACCUUUUAUAGGCAUUUUGGGGGGGGGGGAAGCAUAUGCAAGCUUAAUAUUACACUAAAGCUUAUCAAGCAGAAUGAGACAACAGCACAAUCUUAAGUACUUGUAAAAAUGAUGGCUACAGAUGCUCUUACUCCUGUUUUUAGCUUGUAACAAUUCAGUGUAUUUUUUACUGUAAUGGGGAGACGAUUGGAAGGUAUCCCAUAUUCUGAAGCCACUAAAAUACUGAAAACCUUAGUGAGUUGUGCAGUGUAACCCUAGGCACAGAUCCCUGGAAAUAAGGCAGAUCAAUAAGCCAAAUUCCAAGUAACUAUGCACAGGAUUGCAGUACAGUAUUAUUGUAUACAUACACAAAAUGUUGUUUUCCCCUUGGGACUGCUGAAGAGUUCAGCUUAACCCAGAAGUUUGUAUUAUUGCAUAGUGCUACAGUAACAACAUAAAAGUCCACUAAAAAUUGUGCCUUCAUGGAUUUUUCCCACACUUCCCACCUGCGGACUCACAAUCCAGUGCAGCUUGUCUCCUCUUCCUCCCUCCUGAAAACUCAUUAUCUGCAUUUCUCACCUCAUCACAUCAGUAGAUGUGCAUAUUAAUUUAUUAUGCAAGCCUCUAGGUGUUUACUCAGAAGUAAGCCCACUGUAUUCAAUUAGGCUUUUUCCCAGGUUGGGUUUUCUUCAAUCGGCCACAUCAGUUGUGAAGUUUGAGACUGCUUUAUUUGGUCUCAACAACAACGGCCGCUGGGGAACCCACAAAAGUGGGAUUCACAGGCCUAAAAAUUACACAGAUGUUCCCUCACCUUAGCUUUACACAUGUGUAGAAAGUAAUUCACAUUCUCAGAGAAAAGCCAGCCUGCAUUAUCAGAGCUGAAGAAUUGCAGGCAGAAGUACAAGGCCGAGUUUUCCCAGCACAAACAUUCUUGGCAUUUUCUCAAUAAUGUCUAGGUAAGCAGACUCCCCUCUUCACAUAUAGGCUGACUAUCAAAGCAAAGAAUCAUAGACUCAUAAAAUAGUAGAGUUGGAAGGGACCCUGAGGAUCAUUUAGUCCUACCCCCUAAAAAUGCAGGAAUAUGCAGCUGUUCCGUAGGGGGACUGAAUCUGCACCCUUGGUGUUAUCAGCACCAUGCUCUACCCAACAGAACUAUUACUGUACAGUCACUUUUGCUUUUGUUUCUACCAUGUCUUUUUUUCUGUUUAUAAUUUGUAGUAACUUUCCUACUACAACGUAUUUUGAGAUUUGUGAAAAACAUGCCCUAGUGUACAAUAGCAAUCCCACACAAUAACUUGGAAAUAGGCCGGGCUGAACACAUGCCUUACUUCCAAAUAAACACUUGCUGCAUUUUACGCAUUAUUACUUUAAGGUGGGAAAACGUGUCAUGCAGGAGCCCUUGCACUGCUCUCUGCUGGGAAACCAGGUUAGCUGAAUCCAUCCAUCCAUAUUGAAUUAUGCAUUCCUUUUUAUUAUAACUGCAUUUAUGCAACUGUUCCAAUUUUUGUAUUAUAUAUGAUGGUAAGUAUAGGCAUACAUUGUUAUGUUCUAGGGGAGACAGGGCGGGGUAGUGGUUAGAGUGACGGACCAGGACCUGGGAGACCAGGGUCUGAAUCCCCACUUGAACAUAAAGCUCACUGGGUAUGGCCUUGGGCCACUCAGCCUAACCUACCUCACAGGGUUGCUGUUGGGAUUAAUUGAGAGUGGUGUGAGCCACCAUGAUAUCUUUGGAGGAAAAAGUGGGACAUAGAUGCAAUGAAUAUUGAGCUGUAAACCACCUUCCCAAACCCAUUAUUGGACGGAGGUACUGUUUUGCUUGCUACUAUUUUAUGCAUUUUUGAGUUUUUAAACCGCACUUACCUCCCUCUUAAGUGGAAAAAAAUAAUGCACAGGAUCGGUGCGCACAAUCCUAUUGCCAAACCCAGCACAUUUUUGCAGCUGCUCCUGGGCAUCAUGUGGACAAGAGUUCCACCCGCCCACGCUUAUGCACAGUACGUAUUUGAACAUGCUUAAAAGGCAGGGGCUUUACCGUAAGAGCGCGCUCCAACGCCCCCUGCAGACGGACCCAAAUCCGCGGCACUGCUGCUUAAGGAACAGCGCCUUUUUCUACCGCGCCUGCGCAGGGCCCCGCGGCGCCGUCACGACGCUCGCUCCUCAUUUCCAGCCACCCACCGCCUCCCCUUUUCCUGCCCCCUUUGUCCCUUUCUCGCCUCUCACCCAAACCUUGCUGUGGGAAAGAGGCACAGAGAGGGGGGGAACCUAAAACACCCCUCAGCCCGCCAUUGGCUGCCGUUUGCGCGGGCUGAGGGGGGGCGAGGAGCGCGGCCAAUAGGACGCGCGAGGGCCCGCCCCCGCCCAGGCGAACGCCUCCGACCGGCGUCGCCAGCGGCCACUCAGCGCAAGCCCGCCGGAGCUCCGUCGGCCAAUCAGUUCGGCGGCGGAGGGCGGGGCGAGCGCAGCAAGCACGGGUGAACGGUUUCCGGCCGCGCGCGCCUUUUCCCCUCCCCCCGCUUCUUUUUGGCGGACCCCCCUCCUCUUCCUCCUCCCUCGUUCCUCUCAGCGGCUUUUCCUGAGGUGAGGAGGCCGAGGCUGGCCGGCCGGCGAGCAAGCAAGCGCGGCAUUUGCGAGCCGGGGUCCGGCUGAGGGACGAGGCGGGGGCGGAGGAGAAGAAAAGCACCUGCCGGCUAAGGCGGGCAAAUCUAGGCCGGGGCUUCUGUAGCGCCGCUGGGCCUCUUCGCCGCCGCCUGAGGUGAAGGAAGAAGCAGCCGUGGGCAAGGCAGGAGCGAGCGAGCGACCGAGUGAGUGAGCGAGCGCAUGCGCGGCCUACCUCCCCCUCACGCCUGGUCCGGGAGCCCCCCACCCCCAAAGACCCCUUGUCCCUCUUCUCGCCCCGUCCACCUCUCUCUCUCUCGGCGCUGCCUCCUCCCUGUCCCGAUUGCCGGGCAAGCACCCGAGGGACCGGUUCCGAGGAACGGAGGUCCGUCGGCGAAGUCUCGUGCGCGGCGAGGGGACGCAGCCUCCGGUUUUGGACCGCGGAAGCUGCGGCGAGAAGGAGGGGGCGAGAUCCGUGGUAGGGCCAGGCUGUCCGCUGCCUUUUCUGGGUUCUCGGGGCGGAUGGCGCCGGCGGGAAAGCUUUCGGCGGUAGUAGUACACUAGUAAGGUGGGGCGGAGUGUGUGUAUUGAAGGGGGGGCUAUUGGUUUGCCUGCUUCUUGUUUUCAGUAUGUAUUUUGGGGCUUUGUUCAGCGACCCGUCCUGAGGCUUCUGCGGAGUAGUGGCAUCGCCUCCCGGAAUCGGAGGCCGCGUGUUUAUGAAGGAGCCAGUUUGCUGGAGGGUUGCUGUUUGCGCGCGGCGGUGUGGGGAGUAGGGGACCUGGGCCAGGGCCAGGGGCUUUCUGGGGGAUGCCUGACCCAGCAGGGCUUUUUGUUUGUUGGCUCCUUCGUGUUGCUAGCGCUGCCUUUGUCAGCCUGGAGCCCCCCUGAGUGUUUCCGGGCAGCUGCUCCCGUGGAGGCGAGUCAGUACACCUGAGGGUGGUUGUAGCUCGAAACCACCUGCAGGGGAAUCGCUUUGGCAAAAGUUGCCUGGCCUGGCAGCACCCAGUGAAACGAUUCAGCACACGCAAAAGGAAAGACAUCUUCACAUAUCUGUAUAGUGAAACUCUGAACUUGGCAUUAAGAUGUUAUGAUGGUUGUUGAGGUAGGUGCUUCAGAUGAGGAAUGGGAAAACUUGCAAAGGAGGAGAUAUGUGGCAUUGGUCGUUAGCAAUAAGGAGCUGUGUAUUAUUUCCAGGACCAGAGGCAGUAUGCCUAUUGGAUGCCAGUUGCUGGGGAACAAUAGUGGGAGAGGGUUGUUGCCCUGUGAGCUUCCCAGAGGUAUCACGUUCUCCACUGCAAAGAGAUAGGAUGCUGGUCCAGCAGGGCUCUUCUUGUGUGCCACACAGGUGACUUUGGACCUGCUUGAGAUAUGGCCAGUCAACCCAAGCUGCUGUUUUCUGCUCUCUGGACUGCAGCUGUUGGCCUGCUUGGCUCGGUGCUGGAUAGGACCAAUUCGGACAGUCCGCCCCUGCUACUUAAUGGAUCCAAAUGGUUUCCAGAGAGUGAUAGGGGAUAUUUUAUCCCAUGUUGAUGGCCUUCCAGCUGAUUCCCUGGUGGCCCGCUGGAAUGCAGAGUUAACCAGGGCUAUUGACUGUGAAGCUCCCUCUUUCCGAUUGCAUGGAGCCCAGACAGCCUCGUGGUUUUCUCCAGAGCUGAGGACGAUGAAAUAAUCGCUGAGGCGGCUAGAGUGCUGGUAGCGGAAAACUCAUUCUGAAUCAGACCGAACACGGGUUAGAGAUCAGCAUUGAGCCUACCAAGUGGCAAUAGCAUCGGCGAAGAGGACCUUCUUCACCGCCUCUAUUGCAUCUGCAGAAUACAGCAGUAGGAGACUCAGGUGGUUCACAGUCUAACAGAACCACCUUCGUCAUUGGGGCCUGGUAAGGUCCCCAAGAUCUCAUGCAAUGAUUAUGCAAAGUUUUUUGCAGAUAAAGUCGCUCAGAUUCAGAAAGAGGUAGAUUCCACUGUGGAAGCAGGGCUGGGGCGGGAGAGUGCUAGACUCCUGUCUAGUCAAGUUGCAUGGGAUCAACUCCAAUCUGUUACCUCCAAGGAUGUGGACAGGCUGCUUGGAUGAGUGAAACUGACCACCUAUCUCCUUGACCCUUGCCCAUCCUGGCUCAUAAAAGUGAGCCGGGAAGGGCUGGGCAAUGGGCUUUGUGGGGUGGUGAAUUUUUCCCUCUGUGAGGGAGCCUUCCCAGACCCGCUGAAAGAGGCAGUUAGUAAACCAUCUUUGGGCCUAGCCAAUAUGGCCAAAUAUCACCCAGUCUCAAAUCUUCCAUUCUAGGGCAAGGUGAUUGAGCGGGUGGUUGCUGAACAACUCCAGGCACACCUGGAGGAUGCGGAUCAUUUGGAUCCCUUCCAGUCGGGAUUCAGGCCUCACCAUGGGACUGAAGCUGCCUUGGUCAUGCUGGUCAAUGAGCUGUCUCCUAGUUCUUCUGGAUCUCUCAGUGGCCUUUGAUACCAUCAACCAUGGCGUGCUUCUGGACCGUCUAGAGGAGCUGGGGGCACUAUUAUACAGUGGCUCCGCUCCUACCUCCUGGGCUGUGUCCAGAAAGUGGUGUUGGGGGAUGAGUGGGCUCUCACUUGUGGGGUGCCUCAGGGUUCCAUCCUCUUCCCCCCAUGCUUUUUAAUAUCUAUAUGAAGCCACUGGAAGGGAUCAUCAGGGGGUUUGGGCUGGGUGUUCAUCAGUAUGCGGAUGAUACCCAGCUCUACCUCUCUUUUAAAUCAGAACCAGUGAAGGUAGUGAAUGUCCUGUGUGAGUGUCUGGAGGCAGUUGGAGCAUGGAUGGCAGCUAACAGAUUGAGGUUGAAUCCUGACAAGACAGAAGUACUGUUUUGGGGGGACGGGGUGGGAAGUUGUGGAGGACUUCCUAGUCCUGAAUGGGGUAACUGUGCCUCUGAAGGACCAGGUGCAUAGCCUGGGAGUCAUUUUGGACUCACAGCUGUCUGUGGGGGCACAGUUCAAUUCUGUGUCCAGGGCAGCUGUCUACCAGCUCCAUCUGGUAUGCAGGCUGGGACCCUACCUGCCCGCAGACUGUCUCACCAGAGUGGUGCAUGCUCCGGUUAUUUCCUGCUUGGACUACUGUAAUGCGCUCUAUGUGGGGCCGCCUUUGUAGGUGACCCAGAAACUACAACUAAUCCAGAAUGCGGCAGCUAGACUGGUGACUGGAAGUGGCUGCCAAGACCAUAACACUGGUCGUGAAAGACCUACAUUGGCUCCCAGUAUGUUUCUGAGCACAAUUCAAAGUGUUGGUGCUGACCUUUAAAACCUUAAACGGCCUCAGCCCAGUAUACCAGAAGGACCAUCUCCAGGUCCAUUGGUCAGCCCGGACACUGAGGUCCAGCGCCGAUGGCCUUCUGGCGGUUCCCUCACUGCAAGAAGUGAGAUUACAGAGAACCAGGCAGAGGGCCUUCUCGGUAGUGGCACCUGCCCUGUGGAAUGCCCUCCCAUCAGAUAUCAAGGAAAUAAACAACUAUCAGACUUUUAGAAGACACCUGAGGCAGUCCUGUUUAGGGAAGUUUUUAAUGUUUGAUGUUUUACCGUGUUUUUAAUAUUCUGUUGGGAGUUGCCCAAAGUGGCUGGGGGAACCCAGCCAGAUGGGCGGGGUAUAAAUAAUUUAUUAUUAAUACUAUUUAUCAGUGACUUCUCAUAGUCUCUUUCUAGCCCUAUGACUUGAGAGCAGUUCUCAGCUGGUGAAGCCAAGGAGUAAAAGUGGACCCCUCUGCAAGCAAAGCACAUAUUCUGCCCUGAGCUUUGAGGCUUCUUCCAUUUGUGAGCUAACAAAGCUGCCACCACUGGAUUGGAUUUGUUAGCAGCUCUCCAAAGUACCAGAUACACAGUCCCCAACCUCCAACUCCAUCAGGAAAGAUCAUUUGUAACUGAAGGUGCUGGUAUUUGAACCCCUGAUCUUGUGGGAAGAAAAAUGUGUGCUCUGACACUGUGGUUGUGGGUUCAUUGUACUUAUAUUUAAUUCUUUCCCCCCUCCCAGGUUUGAAGAUGCAGGGCAACAAGGGCUUUGCUAUGGAGAAGCAAAACCACACUCCGAGGAAGCAGCAUCAGCACCAACAGCAACAGCAGCAACAACAACCUCCCCCAGCUAAUGGACAGCAGGCCAACAACCAAAGUGAGUGGCGGCUUCCUUGGGUAACAUCCACACUGGAUGUGGUGUCCUUUCUUGCAGCACUUCAUUUGGGACAUAGUUUGAAAAACACAGCACCUGUUCCAAUUCUCUUCCACAUGGGAAGCUUGUGAUUGCACUUUAUUUCACCUUCACUUGUUUAUAAAGUGUGAAGUGGCCCUCUGGCUCCAGGGAAUUACACACAAACUGAUUGUGAGUGGCCAGUGGAACAAACCCAUACAAGUCAUUUUGGUGUCUUUGGAGAUGUCAUAGUCAUAUGGUUAGAUCUCCUAUAGAUAGUGCAAGGUAUUAGUCUUCCUUUGGACCUGGUCACCACUGUGUGCUCCAAAAAUAUUCUGUUCAUUGUGUACUUGCAGAAGUCUUUUCAAAGCUACUGUUGGUCAGUUGCAUGAUUGAAUCACAGCUUGGUUUGAAAGUCUUAGGCUGGUGAGAACAAGCUCAGUGACACAGAAAGCAUAUAUGAGGUGGGAAUUUUUCGACCAGAUCUGGUGUGAUUUCUUGCGACUUUAGAUAGGUGCUUAACAUGUCUGCCUCAGGUCACCAGAUGUUACUGUUGGAUUGACUCUUAAAGGGUGUAUCACCCCCUUUCCCAAUAUUAGCAUUAACAGCAAAUCCCUUCAGCACAUGAGGAUUGCUUAUACUUCAAAUCCUUAAUGUGACUUGCAAACUAAGCUAGCAUAACUUAAUGAUUUGGUUGCUAGUGGCCUAAGAAUGCAUGAUUAUUUUUAAAUUGCUAGGAGUUCAGGGCUUUGUAGAUUAUAGGUAUAGCUAAAUGGUGGAUGGAGACAUGGCUUAGCUUAUGCUUUUGUGGCUGAUUGGGUUGCUUUCUAAGAUGGUUUGCUUCUUUCUGCACUUAAUGAACACUAUGGCUUUCUUUCUACAACUGGACUUGGACGCUUGCUUCUUCAUUUGCUGCAGUUCCUCUGGCCACUGAGCACUUUCUCACCUCUUAAUGCUUGUCCUUUUUCUAUCACAGCAAUAUGUGGCUUCCUUCAAACACCCAGAAAGACUGGUGUUGGACUUUGAUUCUGAUCAGUCUUUUAAGACAAUGGGUAAUGUGUUCUAACUGGCAUUGCUAUUUGACUGUAUCUUGAGUUGCUUCCUCCAGAUAGUAAAUUUGCAGGCUGUAUUUGGAGCCCCACUCUCCCAUCUGCUGCUGUGUGCUGGAAAGCUUCCUACCAGCACUGUCAUGUAAGUGCUGCUAAAAAUCUUUGUUUUGGACCUAUCCUUCCAGCAUUUGCAGUGCUCUGGCUGUCCUGCAGGUGGCUUUGCAUUUUCAGUCAAUGGGCCAUAUCUUUCAUCUGCGCAGGGCAAAGGCUGCUAUGGCGCUGACUCUUCAACUCCCAGGGCCUCCGACUUGUGUUGACCUGCAGUUGCUGCUAAAAUAGUUAAGACUGGAUGUGUGUUGGGAGACUUGGUGAAUGUUCUGACCUUUGUGCUCUUCAAUGUGUUAACACUCAGCGUUUGUUCCCCCAAUUUUGUAGAGCGAUUCUGUACCUUAUUCCCCUCAGAUGAAGGCCUGACAAUUGACAUGAAGAAUUUCCGAAAACCUGGUGAAAAGACCUUCACACAGAGAAGUCGCCUAUUUGUGGGGAACCUGCCCCCUGAUAUCACAGAAGAAGAGAUGAGGAAGCUGUUUGAAAAAUAUGGGAAGGCUGGAGAAGUCUUCAUUCAUAAGGACAAAGGCUUUGGCUUUAUCAGGCUGGUGAGUGGCUAUAGUGUGCUAAGGAUUCCUAUGGCUUGGCGAAAGUAGUGCUGCUUUUAAUGCUAGCCAUGUGGGCUUGAAUGGCCAGUGCAUGGUUUCAUAUUGUGUGCACUGUGAAUGCUGCAUGUGGCACUUUAUUUUGUGGAAGCAGACUCUUGCAUGAUGUUUCUGAGUUAGGACUUACAGAAUAAUACUUAAUGCCUCUGGUCCUGGAAUUUUAUGGGGAUUGUGAGAAAACCAGUUGCUUACAGGGGGGCCUGUGUUUCACUGGCAGAAAGCAGAAUGUCUUCCCUAGGGAAGUGAUCAGUAUGGCAUGCAAGCUUAAUGGAUUAUGCUAGUUGAUUCCCCACUAGCUCCAGAAUCCCUAGCUGCUCAGUUCUAGCUGAGUUUUGCACAUGGAACUUCCAGCAGUGCACAUAAAGAGAUGAAGAAGCUCUUGAGAGCUUUCUUGGUGGCUGCUGUCCAUAGACUUUUGAACUUACAAUGCUGGCAGAGCUGACCUGUUAAUGUUCUCAGUCUGUGCUUCCAGACUGGUAUUUCUAGAACUGAGGAAGAGGAGAUGUGCAAACUCUUGAUCUUCAAUCAUACAUAAUGUGUCAAAGGAAUAUAUCAAGGUGGGAGGGCAAUGAUGAGCUGGUUUAUAUUCUGUAUUUUUUAAAUCGGUUGUUUAAAAAAUACAAAAGUAAAAAAAAAAUGGCUAAUUCAGUGAAGGAAGAAGGCCUAGUCUUAAGUACUUGUUACAGUAAUUUUAUUUAAUCAAAACCUUAUAAUUUAGAAGCAUUAAAAUAAAGCAUGAACAGUACAACUGCAUAAACAUUAAAUAUUCACUCCUGGUUUGAACUUGGGCAGGUAUGUUCUCUAUAGUAAACUGAAUUAGUUCUUUCUUUUAACUUGCUGUUUAAUAAAGUUUAAGCACCAGAUUUUGCAAAUAAAUUUAAGGCAAAAUGACGUAUCAUCCACAUUUAUAAAAUAUUAACAAAAUUAGACAUGAUCUAACAGGUUUAUGGGACGCAGGUGGCGCUGUGGGUCAAACCACAGAGCCUAGGACUUGCUGAUCAGAAGGUUGGCGGUUUGAAUCCCCGCGACGGGGUGACCCGUUGCUCGGUCCCUGCUCCUGCCAACCUAGCAGUUCGAAAGCACGUCAAAGUGCAAGUAGAUAAAUAGGUACCACUCCUAUUAGGUACCUAUGGGCCAUGUGACCCAGAAGCUAUAUGCCAGCUCCCUCGGCCAAUAAAGCGAGAUGAGCGCCGCAACCCCAGAGUCGGCCACGACUGGACCUAAUAGUCAGGGGUCCCUUUAACAGGUUUAUAAAAGGUUAGAAAAAGGAUUCUGAUUAUGAUGUUGAGCCUAUAAAAUGGGAAAGAGUAUGGAACAAGAGGCCUAAAAAAUCAAUUUCAGCAAGGAUUCAACAAUCUACUCUCAAUAUAUUUUUAAGGUGGCAUUGUACACUAGUGAUCUUAUCGUAUAUAAGCCCCAAUUUCUCUCCAAAGUACUUCUGCUGCAAAAAAAAAUAAAAAAUGCAUGCGUUUCUGCUUAUGGUGGGAAUAUCAUUCAGUGACAGCUUUUGGAAAGGUAGUGAAUUGGUACCUCAUUAGCUUUCAUGGGGAUAUGGGAUGGGCCAAAUAAAGACUUUGGAUUAUUUGGAUAAAUAAUUGAUUUUGUGUGUGUGUAUGUGUGUAUUCUAUCUAUAUAUGUGUAUAUAUUCUACCUAUCUGUAUAUGUAUAUAUAUUGCUGGCUGCCAGGAUGGUUAUUGUAAGGAAAAGAAAAUAUUUAGAUGAGUUGGAUAAAGAUUUAUUAUCAAAUCUGGUCCAUAGUAAUUGCUAAAAAAUUAACUCAGAAAAUAAGGUACUGUAUAUUAGAAGGCCUGUGGAUUUAAUCUCCUGUGAAAUAUGCUGCCGUUUGAAAUUCUUAGUAACUUCAUCUACACAUGAGAUUAUGUAAGACCUUAAUGGCAACAUCUAGUUAUUUGUAAACAAAGCAGAUUUUUUAAAAAAGAGCCUGUUACUACUCUCCAUAGUAACAAGUACAACAACAACAACUAAUAAUGGAUUGUGGAUAUAAUGAAUUUUAUAUCUGGUUUUCUUUCCUUUUCUUUGUCCUUGAUUUUGGAUCCCUCCCAAAGUCUGAUGUAUAAUUUAUUUUGCAUCCGAGAUCCUAUGCCACAUAGUACUUUCCGACUAUGUUCUGCUAAUUGUUGUUACUCCAGUGUUGAGGCGCUAGGAAUGCUGUAUUUUUAAGAGUAGCUUACAAGUGUGUGCCCUAAAUGUCACACAUGAAAAGAUCCAGUUGAGAAAUCUUGGGCUCCCUUUUCUCAAGAGUGUUUGGAUCUACUCUCCCAUGAGAGUCAUGCAUUCAUCAGUUCCCUGAUUUUCAUCUCUUCUCUCAAGUCCUGGCUAUUUGUAAUGCCAAAGUGUUCUCUUUGCUGGGCUCCCUACACUCUCCAUUCCACUCUCUUUGGGAAUAAAAUUGUUUUUCCCGUAAUAUGUGCUUUGUUAGGGAGUGCCUACCCUUUUGUCUCUUCAGGGAGGUUCUUGGUCCAGUAGCAGUGAGCUGGUGGAUUAUUUACCCACUUGAAAUAAUUCUGGUGUGGUGGGCUUUAAUGGGUGGUGUGUGUGUGUUUUUGUCUCCAGGAAACUCGAACUCUGGCUGAGAUUGCGAAAGUGGAGCUGGACAACAUGCCCCUGCGUGGGAAGCAGUUGCGCGUGCGCUUUGCAUGCCAUAGUGCCUCACUGACUGUCAGGAACCUGCCACAGUUUGUGUCCAAUGAGCUUCUGGAGGAGGCCUUCUCAAUGUUUGGCCAAGUGGAGAGGGCUGUGGUCAUUGUGGAUGACAGAGGCAGACCUUCUGGGAAAGGCAUUGUAGAAUUUUCUGGAAAGCCGGCUGCUAGAAAAGCCCUGGACAGAUGUAGUGAGGGUUCCUUCUUGCUAACUACGUAAGUUAUUCUAGUUUACUAUUGUAAGUACAAUAAAAGAAACCAGGUCUUUUGACUUAGGGCGGUGUGUGUGUGUGUCUUACCAGUAGAGGGCAAUAAAGAGUGCAUUUAUUCAGUGGGCCUGAAUCUUAAGUGAUGUUCUCUAUCUGUGUCUACAGAGCUAAAUGAAGAAAUACAGUAUUGCAGUUUUACUCAUCACCAGUCAUUGCUUAUGUUGAACAGGGCUGGUAGAACAAGAACUACAACCAGAAAAUUGUGGGCUCUACAUUUGGUGCUCAUACCUUUAUAAGAGAUGCUUUUUGAGCACCACAGGACACAUGGUGGUUUGCCCAGUCAAACAUUAUUUGCAAGGCUGGAUCAAAGGUAUUAUGGCUUGCUGGCCACAGCAGAAUCUCAGGUCUCUCUUGUGCUGCUUUAGUGCUUCUUAACUCUGAACAUUGUUUUUCACCUGGGAGUCCUUAUUGGUCCCAGGAGGCAGCAGCAUUCAGCUUCAGGGAAAGAGUGUUGGUAACUAGGCUAAGGAAGGCCCUGAUCAUGCCUAAGCCUGUACAAAGGCUGCUGCUAGCUCUUGGAUUUUGGCCUUUAAAGAGGUUGGCAUUUAUUUAGAUGGAUACAAUUUUCAUUGACAGGUUCCCUCGACCUGUGACUGUGGAGCCCAUGGAUCAGUAUGAUGAUGAAGAGGGACUGCCAGAAAAACUUGUCAUCAAAAACCAACAAUAUCACAAGUAAGUAGCCCGGGGAAGUGGUGCCUUCUUAGGGGAAGCUCAUCUGAGGACAGUUACAUUUUUAUGGGAAAUACCAUUGUUAUUAAAUGGAUUUAUUACUACUUUUCAAGCCAAUUUCUAUAAAGUGGCUUCCAGAAACAUAAAAAUGUAACAUAAAGUAGCAUGCAAGUAUUUUUUUCACCUUGUUUUGUUGGCUUUUGCUAAGCAUAGUGGUAGGAUGCAUAAAGCAAACUUAGUAGCUAUCUGAGCUUGAUUCCCAUUCUCAGAAACGUUCAUGAUGCAAGCUGCUUGCCUGUAAACUUUACUUUCUGCCUUGACCCCAGUCCUGUGACUCACUAACUCAAGUUGCCUUUUCCUAAGUGACUGGAUUUUUUCCACCUUGCUGUUGCAGGGAGCGUGAGCAACCUCCCCGUUUUGCACAGCCCGGUUCCUUUGAGUAUGAGUAUGCUAUGCGUUGGAAGGCCCUGAUUGAGAUGGAAAAGCAGCAGCAAGAGCAAGUGGAUCGCAACAUCAAAGAAGCACGGGAGAAGCUGGAGAUGGAAAUGGAGGCAGCUCGUCAUGAGCAUCAGGUCAUGCUCAUGAGGCAAGGUGAGAAGCAGAAUGGCGAUGGCCUUUGCAGUUUGCUGGGAGCAGGUAGUGCAGGCAUCCUGACCUGUCACCCCUGUGGAUGUUUUUUCCAGACUUAAUGAGGCGCCAGGAAGAACUCAGGAGAAUGGAGGAGCUGCACAACCAGGAGGUGCAGAAGCGUAAACAACUGGAACUCAGGUGAGCAGGGAAUCAGUCACACCUGUCUGUGAAUUUACUUGACUUGUGCUGGUAAUUGGUAGGACUUUGUAGGGGCAAGGCUGUUGCCAAGAAGCGUCUGAGAGCAUCUGUAGCUUGUGAAUAAGCAAGUCUGAAUUGUUUGAUAGCUCUCCAAUUGGUGUGACUAUAUGGGAGCCUUCCUUGCAGGCAAGAGGAGGAACGCAGGCGCCGUGAGGAAGAGAUGAGGAGGCAGCAGGAAGAGAUGAUGAGGCGGCAAGAAGGAUUUAAGGGGGCCUUCCCUGAUGCGGUAGGGGACUUGCUUCACCUGGUGGGGUGGUGAGGGUCAGCUUCUACAAUUCAUACAGUUUCUAACCCCUUCUGGCCUGGGCAGUAGCACAGAGAAGCUUCUUUCAUGUGUCCUGCCAGAAGGAGGUGUUGGGAUGUUGUCUGAAGCAAGCUUGUCUGUCUGUUUCAGAGGGAGCCUCCAGAUAUGCGAAUGGGACAGAUGGGUAUGGGAGGUAAGCUGCAAGUGGUUUUUCCUCUCCUGUUAAUGUUUUGGGUUGGGUUGUGCUUCAUCAGCUGUUCUAUGUGGUGGCUGCAGGUUCCUAAGUCAGCAGGUAGCUGAGCUCUGGGUGGGCCACAGGUGCUAUUCACCAGCAGGAAUAUGUGCAGUAAGGGAGCUGAGCUUUCAGUGGCCACUUAACCCUCAGGGGUAUACAGACCAAGAGGCCUCCUUGCUUUUCCUCAGGUGCGAUAGGCAUGAACAACCGAGGGACAAUGGGAGCUACCAGUGUUCCAGCAGGGCCACCACCUGCAGCUGGUCCUGGGCCAAUGAUUCCUGAUGGAGCCAUGGGAAUGGUAAGGUCAACCAAGUGCAAUUAGGCAGGAUUUGGCUGAGAGGGUGGGUUGCAAAACCCUUGAUCUAGGCAAGAAUCUGCAUGAGCAUCUUCUCUCUUUGUAAGUUGAUUUGAAUCAGCUAGCUACAUGAUUCGACUAAUGGUUUGGCAGGGGGCAGAAGCAAAGAAGCUAAGCCGUGUGUUCCCCCUUUUCCUAACUUGGCAGCUGUGCAUUUGCCAAAAAAGACGUGACAGAAAAUUAAAAGGGAUUGGAAGUCAGAGAGAACUCAGGUGCUGUUGCUUUGGUGCACAGUUUAAUGUGUUCUUCCUAAGCCCGCUUGGGCCCUGGUGGUUCCCCCAUAAUGGCUAUUGGUGGAGGAGGGAAGAGCAUACUAAGUGGAGGUUGCAUGGGGUCUGUACAGUUGCAGUCAGUCUUGAGGGAUGUUUCUAACCCAAGCUUCUUUUCCCUCCUCACUUUCCUUCAGACUCCACCGCCACCCGCUGAUCGCUUUGGCCAGGGCGCUGCAAUGGAAGGACUUGGAACCAUGGGAGGAAACACACCGGGAUUCAACAGAGGAGCUCCUGGGGGGGACUUUGGCCCGAACAAGCGUCGCCGAUACUAA